AUGCCUCGUCCGAAGAAAGAUGGGUCCACCGAGCCGAAGAAGCGCAGUCGCACUGGCUGCUGGCCAUGCAAGGCGCGCAAAGUGAAGUGUGGGGAGGAGAAGCCGGGGUGCGCCAAUUGCGUGAAGAGUGGGGAGCAGUGCGACUACAGCAUCCGUCUGAACUGGGGUGGGCGAGGGAAGCGCGAGGGCUCACCGACAGACGGCGGCUUCACCUUCGUGACCACGCCGACGUCAGGCGCUCAGGCCAGGCCUGGCAGCGGCCACGAGCAUGUCUUCUCGGCGCAGCAUAUUGCUACGGCACCCUCGCAGCGCCCACCGAGCAGCCAUCCGACCAACCUCCCAACCCCGGAUGUGACGCCGGAAGAAGGAGCGGCCUUGGGCCCACGGCUGAAUGCAAGAUCUCAUUAUCGCAGCCACCCAAGUGGCGACCUCUCUGUCCUCCUGCCGCAGACGCCUCUGCUCCCUCAGUUGCACGGCCCGAUGGAAGGACAUACCCCGAACGAUGACUUCCGCUGGUCCCCACAGCAUAGUGCCAAACGUGUCAAGCUGAGCCCAACACAGCACAAUGGACAGCCCGCGCAGCUUCACCCAGUCUUCGCGGUGCCACAGUAUCCGCCACCAGUCGAUGCAUCGCCGGGAUCCACCUACUUCACACCGCACACCAUCAGCAGCAUAGUCAACACACCUGCAACCCCCGGCUCGAGUAUCGCCUCGGGUUCGCCAUAUCCCCUCCAGACUCCCUCACUCACUGUUCAAGAUCCGCCAGAUCUGAGGAGGCUCUCCGUGAAGUCACUGCUGUCGGAUCCGUCGGAUGAUUUCGACAAGCCUCGCCUAUUUCGAGCCGACAGUGCAGGACAGAGGAACUAUGGCUUCGACCAUGGCUUUCCGGAUCACGACAUUCCGCGCAAUGACGAUGGUCAAGCGCUUCUGCCGAGGUCUCCAGAUCUACGACGAGCCAGCGCUGCGGUGUCCGAAGCCAGUAAUUCCAGCGCGGAACCCGACGCCAGUAAGAUGGCCUUCGAGUCUGGUGGCUACUAUGCUCAGCCGGUGGCUGUCAAGAUUCCUCGAAACUUGGAGCCCCUGCCGGAUGAGCUUGCCAACAAUCCUAUGAAUAUGCUCUACUUCCACCACUUCAUCAAUCAUACCGGGCGCAUUAUGGUGCCCCAUGACUGUCCCGAGAAUCCUUUCCGCGGCGUCAUGCCGCAGAUGGCCGUACGGAAUCGCCAACUGCUGCAUCUCAUGCUGACAUACUCCGCAUCCCAUCGUGCACGGUUGCUGGGCCACGCCGAGCCUGCUAACAGGAUCGCCGCCUGGAUGGGCGAUGUACUUCCUGCCCUUCGUCGAUCACUCGGCGAACCUGCUUCACCAGGCGUUCACGACCCCAGAGAUCCAUCUUCACUGGCUCCCCUUGCCACCGCAAUCAUGCUCGCCUCGCUAGAGAUCGUCAGUCCAAAUACUUUCGCCGUAUCAAUAUCGUGGCAGAAUCAUCUGAAUGUCGCUCGCCAGAUGAUCAUAGCAAAGGGUGGUCUGCACCAUCUCGCACAGCAGGCCGAUGGAGCUCGUGAUAAAGCCAUCUUCUUCCUGAGUCGUUGGUUUGCAUACUUGGAUGUCCUCGGCUCACUGAGUGGCAGCAAGCAGGACAAGCCAAUGGACGGUGCUUACAUGGAGGAUGGAGGCGGUCUGUGGCUGGUCAAUCGCAGCGAUGAAGAGAUUUACCAGAUCGACUGCUUCUUCGGCUUCUCUGGACGAUGCAUAGCACUUCUCGCGCAGGUCGCUGAAUUGUCUACUCAGUGCGACAAUCAGCGCAUCGAUCCCAUAACACAACAGGUCAAGGUGGGCUGGCAGCCUCGUGAUGAUGUUCGCAAUCAGGCGGAGGAGUUGCGAAAGCGUCUAGAAGCCAGUGCUAAGACUGUAUAUCGAGGAUGCAUGCACACGCAAAACACUAUCUCAUCACCACACUCGACAAUUGAAGCAGUCACCGAUCGCGAUAUCGAAGAGAUAUACGCAGUGAACGAGGCCUACCACUAUGCCGGUCUCUUGCACCUCGCUACUCGCGUCCUCAACCAUCAGUCAUUCUCCCCUACGGUUCAGGAUCUCGUGCAGAAGGUCAUCCGUGUGCUGAUGAAAGUGCGACGUGGCAGCACGGCGGAGAGCUGUCUGCUGUUCCCAAUGUUCACUGCUGGGUGUGAGGCACAGACUGAGGAGGAAAGGGAAAUAUUCAUGGGCAGGUUGCGGGAGAUUGAGGGGUGGGGCCUAAGUCAGGUGGGAGCGGCGAGAGCGGUUAUGAGUAGAGUGUGGGGUGAGGGCAGGGCAUGGGUCACGAUUGUAGAGGGAGAAUUCUUAGGUUGA